AUGGACAGCGAUAAUGAUUUAGACGAUGAUUAUAAUGAUUUUACGAAUUUAGGACACUGGUGCUACAAAAUAGUGUGGGAAUAUCAACCUCUCGAAUCCACGCGCGAGGACCAGAGCCCAGAGUUUAAACGUUCUAUCAUAAGAGCUAGUAGCAAUAUACUUCUGAUCCGCGGAGACAUCAACCGCCAUAACUUUACCAUCAUGCCCUUGAAGAGUCUUAAGCGGCUGCCAAGUUUUAUUCGACCAGAUCUUGGCAUGUCCAUCGCCCUUCUGAAACUUAACAUCGGAAAGGAGAUUAGUGUGAGCGGGAAUCGAGUACAAGCAAGUCCGUUUCCUCAAGUCCCAAAUUUUGCAAGUAUUAUCAUCACUGGCAGUGACAAUUUGAAACCCGUUUGGAGAAAAAUCAAUCCCGAAGAUGCUCUUGGAGUGUCCGUCCAUGAACAUGAUACACCUUCCGGUCCUCAAAUCCCAGACACGGCCAAACGCGUCAUGGCCUCCAGUAGCAGCAACACUCCCGUCGACCUGAAAGCUGAUGCAGUGGACAGCUUUCGCGUGACCUUCCUGGUGAAGAACUUCCUCCUGCUGCUCCAGGUCCCAGAGCCUCCAGGAAGCGUCGUGGCAGCAAGUGCCCAGGAAUCUUCCGGAGGGAUGAAACGCAAUCCUGGAGACGCGUUUGUCGUGGCCCUCCAGGUCAGCUAG